AUGAUUGGAUACAUCGCUUUGUUUGCUUUAACUGCUUUGGUUCUUGGUGAAACCACCGAAUAUCCUCCAGCAUACAAGAACACUAUAGCUAAAAAUGUUGGUUUGCCUGGUAAUGAAUAUUCGACAGUUAAUUUGAGUGACUACCUUAAUUAUGGGCCUAGUCUGACAAUUUCAAUUGACUCCAAUGAGGAAUAUUCAUCUUAUCCAAUUGACGAAUCUUCUAGUUACUCUUCAAGAAUUUAUUCGACUGUAAAUGACUGGGCAAACUCUUCUUCCAUUGAAACUAAUAGUUACUCAACAGAUACAUAUGUUCUCAGCAUUGGUACUACCAUGAAUUAUCGCUAUUCUUACCCAAGUUCAGCAUGCAAUGCUCUUACUACCGAAACUAUCUAUAUUGAAGCAUCUGAAACUGUGGUUGUUACUGAAACCACUACAACCACAGUUGAAUGCGAAGGAACUACAACUACUGUUGCAGUUGACGGUUCUGGUGGUUGGAUUGAAGGAAAUGGCAGCCAAGGAGCUAUGACUACCACCGUUAACCGUGAUACUUAUACUUUAACGUACACCUAUACUGAUGCUACUACCACAUAUACCACUAUUUACACUACUGAAGUAUAUGACACUGGCUAUACUGCCAAAUACCAGAAUUCAACAUCUGGAUCUAAUUCGCGGAUUGGUUCUUCGUCAAGUGAAUAUAUCGAAUCUUUCAUGUAUGACCCCUAUACCACAGAAUUAAGUGAAUAUACCACUUCAAUAUAUUAUCCUACUACUUCUUCAGAACCAGAAGAGUCUAGUUCCAUGUGGGUUGACUCUUUAGCUAGUGACUAUGUCUACCCAAGUAGCUCUGGCUAUUACCCAUCUGUAUCAGAUUCAGAACCAGAAUCACUUUCAACUGCUCCUUAUUCUGCAUAUUACUACAAGGGUUCCACUAUCUACUAUUAGCUUGAGAUUUAGAGGUUGUAUAGUGUUAUUAUAGAAAUAGACUAUCUAAUUUUUUU